GUCAGAUGAAGCGUUUGAAUAGAGAGAUCUUUCACACAAGCACUCCUAUUUGACAUACUAGAUAUAUCAAGUCGUCUUCUCCGGCCACCACUAUCCGGCUGUCUUUAAGCUCAACCUGCCGGAAAACCGAUCGUUUCUUUAGGAAACAUGUUCAGAACAGCAUGAGCAACCAAUAUCGAUCAUCAUGUCAUUAUCGUGCUCUGACUGCUUCUCCGAUUUACUCUGCGGUGAGGACUCUGGAAUAUUAUCCGGCGAGGAUCAACCGGAGUGCUCUUAUGAUUUCGAGUAUUGUGCCGAUUUCGACGAUUCAAUCGCGGAGUUUAUAGAGCAGGAGAGAAAGUUCGUUCCAGGAAUCGAUUACGUCGAGAGAUUUCAAUCUCAAGUUCUCGAUGCAUCUGCUAGAGAAGAAUCUGUUGCAUGGAUCCUCAAGGUGCAACGUUUUUACGGAUUUCAGCCGUUAACAGCGUAUCUCGCCGUGAACUACCUGGAUCGAUUCAUCUAUUGCCGUGGCUUCCCGGUGGCAAAUGGGUGGCCCUUACAACUCCUAUCCGUGGCUUGCUUGUCUUUAGCUGCCAAAAUGGAGGAACCCCUUGUUCCUUCCAUCGUGGAUCUUCAGAUCGAAGGUGCAAAAUAUAUUUUCGAGCCAAGAACAAUAAGGAGAAUGGAAUUUCUUGUGCUUAGUGUUUUGGAUUGGAGGCUAAGAUCCGUUACCCCGUUUAGCUUCAUUGGAUUUUUCGCCCACAAAAUCGAUUCAACCGGGACUUACACCGGUUUCCUUAUCUCAAGAGCCACCCAAAUUAUUCUAUCAAAUAUUCAAGAGGCUAGUUUACUUGAGUACUGGCCAUCAUGUAUUGCUGCGGCAACCAUACUUUGUGCAGCAAGUGAUCUUUCUAACUUCUCACUCAUAAAUGCCGAACAUGCUGAAUCAUGGUGUGAUGGCCUUAGCAAAGAAAAGAUCACGAGCUGUUACAGACUAGUGCAAGGAGUGAGUCGGUUAACGACUAAAGUGUCAAAGAUGUUACCAGUACAGGUCCGAGUCAUGACGACUCGGACCUGUACUGAUACAUCAGGUGACUCAUCAUCCUCAACGUCAUCGCCUUAUAAAAGGAGGAAAUUGAAUAACUGCUCGUGGGUAGAUGACGAGGACAAGCGAUGCUCGUGGGUAGAUGACGAGGACAAGCGAAGCUCUAUUUAAAGGAGACGCCAAUAUAAAUAAAUAAAAUAAAACCGGGGGCAGAAUGGGAAUGGAAAUUUGGAUAAGAAAAAGUUAACGAAGAGUGAUUUUAUUAAUUUAUUUUUAGUAGGUGAGGUGGGCAUUUGCCAUAAUUCAUAAAUAUGGCUUUGCUGAUUCCCUAGGGAAAGGGGAGUUUGGUACAUAAUAUUUUGGUGUGAGAAAAUUUGUUUAGUACAAAGUGGGAGUCAGGAUUUCAAAGGUGGCAUUCAUUGUUGAAUGAAUCAAGAUUGAGGGGUGGAGCGUCUGUGGGCCCCCUCUUCCAUACACACAUCAACAAGAUAUUAAAAGAAAACUCAAUUACGAGUCUAGAAGAUAACAACCUUUUUUAUAUAUAAUUAUAUAAAUACCAUAUCCUGUUAACUAACAACAAGAUUUGGUAAAAAUAAAAUAGAAAUCAAGAAUCAUCAGCUGGAUUCAUUGAUUUCUGGUGAUCGGUGUAUCAAGAAGUAGUGAUGCGGAAAAGAUGAUGAAAGGCUCCUAUCUUUUUUUAAUUUUUUUGAAGAUUAAUUUUGAUUACUUAUAAGAAAGAAGAAGAAGAACUGAAGAAGACAGAUUUGAUUUUCGAGAGUGGUUUGAGAGAUGAGAAGAUUCAUGCUUGGUUUAUAAGUGUGUCUUCUCACACGUGUGCAUGUGUGUGUUUUUUUGGCGGGAAACGUCCCUAUUAACCUACAUAACGGGGACUUUUUGGUUUUUUCCAUCUUCCGUUUUUUUAGGAGUGAUGUUCACGCGUGUCAUGGUGACACGUGCUCAUGUAAUUUUUUUUUAAUUCUCUUUUUCUUUUUUGAUUUAAGAGAUGGGUUGCGGGUACUAAAAACGUGCCUUUCUUCUUAAUGGCCUGAAUUUGGGCUAACCAUACAAAAAAGGUCUUUGGGGCCUUUUUUCUUUAUUGUUAAUUAUUUUUUUGUUUUAUUAAGCGUGUUAGUAUUUGUUAUUUGGAAUAUUCACGAGAUUAUAUAAUUAAAUCAUGUUCCCUCCACUCUCUAUCUAUACCUUUCUACUUU